CUUUCUCUGUCCAUUGACGUACGAAAUCAUGAACGACCCCGUCGUGGAUUUGUGCGCACAUUCGUUCGAACGCAGCGCGAUUGUGGAUUGGAUUGAAGAAAAGGGCAACGCGUGUUGUCCCAUAUCCCGGAAAGCGCUCUCUGUAAGCGACCUGGUGACCAACCAUGUGCUUGCCGAACGUAUCGAAAAGUGGCAAUGGCGGAGGGAAAUGACACGGACGGAGCAGUGGAAGCAACUCGACGGACAACUUGCCGGAACGCCUUCCAUUCCGAGACAAAACACUCCCGACAGCGCGGAUGAAGCUGAAAAUUUGCGAGCAGGUAGUAUGCAGGAUGUGGAGCUCGGAAGAACGAGUUUCGGCCGAGGACGAGGGAGGUUUGGUACCAAACAGCCUUACCAACCAAUACCAUCACGAUUCAUGCUACUUCCCCAGGAGAUCGCUUCACUCGACCGUCAACGGUCCAAAGACGAGGAAGCGAAGAUGCUACGACGAAAGAGUUGGCAGAAACUAAUAUGUAUCUCCUUGACGAUAACGACGUUGCUCGUCUUUGCUGGUCUCGCCAUUGCCAAGGGCCUAUUGAAGGCGCGAGAGGACACGGAAUUAAUGGAUGAUGAAGUGUAGUGUCGUCAAAAACCCAAAACGCUGAUUGCAGCUAUCGAUUCCCCGUACAGAUUUUGAACGCCAGUUUGCUCCACUUUUUGAUACAAUUGUGAGGUUAAUAGCGUUGUUU